UGGAAACUUAGAGUUAUAAUUAUAAGAUUAAAAAUAUUCUCGUUUCUCCUUUGCCAACACUGCAAAUCAGUUGUCAAAAUCAGCUGAUUUUGGGAGAUUUGUUUACAAUGCAACAGGUGCUAGCGAAAUUUUCAGGUUAAUAACAAUUAAAAUACUUAAUUGUAAAGAUCUAAUUGCUCAAAAAAUUUGAAAAUUCUUAUCUUAUUUGUAACAAUGUUCAGUCGAAACUUUAAGAAUCUAAUAAAUGAAAUGUGUUACUGGUUUACUCCAAAGAGUUCAUAUUAUAAAUCUAAAGGGUGUUGCACUAUUAUAAGACAAAAUAUCGUCAAUCAACGAAUAUCACAAUAUGACUUGGCCAAUAAUAAUAUUCACAUUUUGGCUGCUGCUGUGGGUUGGUUAUCUUACAGUGUAUAUGAAAAAAGAUAUCUUGUUCAUGCAGAGGCAGCAGAUAAACAAUUGAAUAAAAAUCAGCCAAAGAUUCCUCCUAAACCUGAUCUUCCAAUAUAUUCUUCAGAAGAAGUUUCUAAGCAUGUUAACAAUGAAACAAGAAUUUGGGUAACAUUUCAACAUGGAGUGUAUGAUAUAACUGAUUUCGUACAUGAACACCCAGGUGGUGAUCAAAUUUUGAUGGCUGCUGGUAAUGCUGUUGAUCCUUUUUGGAUGCUAUAUAGUAUUCAUUUGAAUCCUCAUGUUUUGAAUAUUUUAGAGAAGUAUCGGAUAGGUAAUUUAGAUCCAAAAGAUAAUAAUGAUGUUGUUAGUGACAUGUCAGAUCCAUUUGCUAAUGAACCAACUCGUCAUCCUCUUUUGAAACCAGCAUCAGAAAAACCUUUUAAUGCUGAAGCACCUGAGUAUAUAUUAGUUGAGAACUUUUUAACACCAAACGAUAUUUUCUAUGUUAGAAAUCAUUUACCAGUACCUGAUAUUCAAGUAGAUACCUAUGCUUUAGAAGUAGAAAUCGAGGGUAAAUCAAAAAUUUUGACACUAUCCUUAGAUGAUCUGAAAAAAUUUCCAAAACAUUCAGUUACAUCAACUGUUAUGUGUGCUGGAAAUAGAAGAAGUGAGAUGCACAAGGUUAAACCCGUAAAAGGUUUGAAUUGGGGAGCAGCAGCUUUGGGAAAUGCAACUUGGACAGGAGCUAGCCUACGGGAAGUUUUGGAGGCAGCAGGUCUCUCAGAAAAUGAAAUAGAUAAAUACCAACAUAUCCAGUUUGAGGCUUAUGACACCGAUACAACAGGUUCACCUUAUGGAGCAUCUAUACCAAUAUGGAAAGGAGUAGAUAGAAGGGGUGAUGUUAUACUUGCUUAUGAAAUGAAUGGGGAAACAUUACCAAGAGAUCACGGAUUUCCAGUUAGAGCUGUUGUUCCAGGAGUUGUUGGAGCUAGAAACGUCAAGUGGUUAGCGAAAAUUAUUGUGGCAUCAGAAGAGAGUCAAUCUCACUGGCAACAGAAAGAUUAUAAAGGUUUUUCUCCAAGCACUGAUUGGGAUACUGUGGAUUAUUCCAAAUCUCCAUCCAUUCAAGAGCUUCCAGUUACUUCCGCCAUUUGCCAACCUAUGAAUAAUGCUACAGUCGAUGUGAAGGAUGGAAAAAUAACAGCAAAAGGUUAUGCAUGGUCUGGUGGUGGUCAGGAGAUUGUGAGAGUCGAUGUUUCUUGUGACGGUGGUAAAACCUGGCAUGUAGCGAAGUUUGAUUUCCAUGAUGCCAACAAGUCUCCACAACAUUGGAGUUGGACAUUAUGGUCAUGUGAUCUACCUGUCCCAAAAGGAACUAACAAGAUGGAAAUAAUUGUGAAAGCGGUGGACUCAUCAUAUAAUACUCAACCUGAAUUGUUUGAGAAUAUUUGGAACCUGAGAGGAGUUUUGAAUAAUGCUUAUCACAGAAUAAAAGUCAAUUUAAAAUGAGAUAUGUUCACACUUCUUUAUACUCGAUUAUGGAAUAAUUUACAAUUCAAAGAAACAUAUUCACUGUGAUCAUAGAUGGUUGUACGAAAUACUCUUAAAAAGUUUUAUUAGCAAAAUAUUUAUUGUUAUAUUUUUUGGUUCAUUUUAAAACUGGAAAAUAAGUAGUAAAUUUUAUAGAGAAUUAUUUAAAAAUACUUUAAAAAUGAAUAUCAUUUUUUGUUAGAAAUAUUUUAUGUGUAAUUGAUCUGUUUUGGGAACAAACCAUUUAUACUCAAGAUUAUGGUGUUAAUAUUUUUUUGUUAUACCUUUACAUGUAUAUUCUCAUGAUUUUCUAGUAAAUUGAUAACUAUGAA